GUCAAGCCUGUGGCGGGCGGUAGGUGGUGGGUCCGAGACCUUCUUCUCUCACCGCCCCUUCCUCGCACUCUGCCCCGCUCCCUCAACAGGAGAGAUUUAAAAGCAGUGCUUGAGCAUCAUGGAGUCUGUGGGUUCUACUUUAACAGCGACUUAUGCCCACCCUAGACCAACACCAACCAACUUUUUACCAGCCAUCAGUACCAUGACAUCAAGCUAUAGGGACCACUUCCCUCACUACAAUUUGACCCACAGCUUGAGCCUUCCUUGGAGACCAAGCACAUACUACAAAACAGCCUCCAACUUGCCGAGCUUGGGCCCCUACUGCACCAAUUCUCAGAAGGUGUCCGAGAGCACCAUGCUCCCCUUUGUUUCCAACAGAACAACUCUCUUCACAAGGUAUACCCCUGAUGAUUGGUACAGGUCCAAUUUAACUAACUACCAGGAAUCAAACACUUCCCGACAUAAUUCAGAAAGACUAAGGGUAGAUACCUCUCGCCUGAUUCAAGAUAAAUACCAACAAACAAGAAAAACCCAGGCAGACUCCACUCAAAAUUUGGGAGAACGAGUCAAUGACAUAGGAUUUUGGAAAUCUGAAAUCAUUCAUGAGUUGGAUGCAAUGAUUGGAGAGACAAAUGAACUAACUGAUGUUAAGAAGAAAUUGGAGAGGGCUUUGAUGGAGACAGAAGCCCCUCUUCAGGUAGCUCGAGAAUGUCUAUUUCAUCGAGAGAAGAGGAUGGGCAUUGACCUAGUUCAUGACGAAGUGGAAAGAGAACUGCUGACGGAAGUUGAUAUUAUUCUGUGUUGUCAACAAAGGAUGAAGCUACAUUUGGAUAAGGCCAUCGCCCAGCUUGAAGCGAACAGAGCAGCCCAGCAUGAGUUGGAGAAGGACCUGGGUGAUAAACAGAGGGCUUACCAGAUUGAUGACAAAUGCCACCAUCUGCGAAACACAUCGGAUGGCAUCAGCUACUUUUGCGGAGUGGAGAGAGUUGAUGCAACGGUCUCAGUGCCUGAGUCCUGGGCCAAAUUUACAGAUGACAAUAUUCUUCGAUCUCAGAGUGAACGAGCAGCCUCAGCCAAACUAAGAAAUGACAUUCAAAACCUCUUGGUUGUGACUGCCAGUGAGAUGUGGAAUCAGUUCAACAAAGUAAACAUGGCUUUCACUAAUCGGAUUGCUGAGACUGCAGAUGCUAAAAAUAAGAUUCAGACUCACUUAGCAAAGACAUUGCAGGAGAUUUUCCAGACUGAAAUGACCAUAGAAGCCAUCAAGAAGGCCAUCAGGGACAAGACUGCCUUCCUGAAGGUGGCUCAGACCAGAUUGGAUGAACGGACCAGGAGACCGAACCUAGAGCUCUGCAGGGACAUGGCCCAGUUACGCCUUGUUAAUGAGGUAUAUGAGGUGGAUGACACUAUCCAGACCCUGCAGCAGCGCCUGAGGGAGGCUGAGGACACCCUGCAGUCCCUGGUUCACACCAAAGCCACCCUAGAGCACGACCUGGCUGUCAAAGCCAACUCUCUGUACAUUGACCAGGAAAAAUGCAUGGGAAUGCGCAAGAGCUUCCCCAACACCCUCCGGCUAGUGGGCUACUGUUAGGGGCCCUGCCAGGAGAACCUCCUUACUCUCCAGGAACGGUGGAAACAGAGCCCUGCUGUAGCAUUUCCGCUGAGUGCUGAUAUGUCCACUUAUUAAAGGAUUAUAUCGAUCGAAACGUACCAGCCUCGUAUCUUGGAAAGCCUUUGGUAUACAUCCAGACCUUAAUUUUCUUUUGUUUACUAUGCUUCUGGGCUAUGAAUAGGAUGUAAAGAAAUAUAAUCAAUUUUAUAGAGUAGGUAAAAAUACUUAUUUGUAUUAUCCUUUUUAUUCUUGAUGAAACAUGAAUGGGCUAGAGAGGAGAGAUGUACUUUCUCUGGGGCAGUAGAAGCAGGAAUCACAAAUGUAAGACUUGGAUGUGUUCCUCAAGGGAGGUCUGGAGAGAGGACAAAGCACCCUGGGUAUGUGGUAAUUGGGGUAGCUCAAGCAAGAACAAAGGUGGAGAAACAUGGAGUACAUUUGGAGCUGUUGGACUGAUUCAUGAAGCAGGACACACAGGAGGAGAAACAGCAGAUGUGGCGCCUUAUAAGUGGGCAGUGAAUAUCUGAACUGGGCAAAUGACAGUGGAAACAAAGGAAGGAGAAAGGAAAACCUAGUAAUAAAGUUAUAGGGCAUGGUGACUUUUACAGGUGAAGGGAGAGCUGAGGGGUCCA